AUGAGUUAUCAAGCUGCCAGAGAUCCAGGAAGUUCGGAUAGCGAUGUUAAAAAAAGGCGGAAAUCGAAUAAGGGGCGCCUGGAGAGACUUCUAGCGGACGAGAAAUUCACGCUACAAAUGGAUGGUAUGGGAUUCGAAAGUGGCAGCAUCGAUAAGAAGGAUAACUCAGUUCACGAGCCAGCAGCAGCAGCAGCAGCAAAUGCGUUACCACCACCUGAUCCGGAGGAAAAGAACCAACAGAAAGUUCAGCCAGCUCCCGCUGCCAGUCCAGCUCCAGUCACCAUCACACCAUUAUCUAGGAAAGCUCAGGCAGUGGACGAGGCAAUUCCUGUGACUGAGACAAAAUGGCAAUAUUUUCGCAAAAAAUGGGUAUUGGAUACAAAAGACGAGUUUUAUUACUACUGGCUGGGCACUUUAUCGUGCGCAUUUGCCUAUAAUCUAAUUGUUGUCAUUGCGCGAUCCGUCUUUCAUGAACUCGCAUCCGGAUAUUACUGGAUUGUAUGGGUAGUUGUGGAUUUCAUAAUGGAUAGUAUUUAUGUUUUUGAUAUGUUCGUCCGUUCUAGAACAGGUUAA